GGCAGGGGCAACCAUUUCAGCAGCCCCAGCAUCAGUAUGUCGAGCCAACAGCAGCUCUAGCUCCCGAUAAUCAGAUGACCGAGCUGAAGAACAUUUUGGCGGCAUUCAUGACUACCAGCCAAGCGAAUUUUACCAGGAUUGACCAAAGCAUCGCCUCGUUGGAGGCGGGUCAGAGGAAUCAAGGUGACAUACUGCAGGACCUCCAGCAUCAGCUUGGAGGAAUAGCUCGUCAGAACAAUACCCGGGCACCAGGAACUCUACCUGCAACUACCAUACCCAAUCCACGGGAGCCACACCAGCAGCUGAAUGCCAUCACCACCAGGAGUGGCAAGACCACUUCGGCGGUACCUGCCCAGGAUGGGGAGGGAGAGCCACUGCCUGCUUCAGCACUUCCAGCCGACGAUGCAGAAGGGAGAGUGGAGAAGGAAGCCCGUGCUCCCAAGCCACAGCUAGUGGUUAAAGAGCAUGUACCCCAGCUUCCCUUCCCCACUCGACUACACAAAGAUAAGCUGGAGACUGAGUUUGCCAAGUUCAUGGCAAUGUUGAAGCAGCUCAACUUCCAGCAUACCUUUCAUGGAGGCACUGUCGAAGAUGCCCAAGUACGGCAAGUUCAUGAAGGAUCUCCUCAGCAACAAGAAGAAACUUGGGGAUCUUUCGACAGUGAUGCUGAGCGAGGAGUGUUCUGCCAUCUUGCAGAACAAGCUGCCCGAAAAGUGCAAGGACCCAGGGAGUUUUACUAUCCCUCUUACUAUUGGCAGCAUGCAUGUAGGGAAGUCCUUGGCGGACCUAGGCGCUAGCAUAAAUGUCAUGCCAUACAACUUGUUUACAAAGCUAGACCUAGGUGAACUUAGCCCUACUAGGAUGAGCAUUCAGUUAGUUGAUCGCUCUAUUGUGCAUCCUAGGGGUAUCAUAAAAGAUCUGCUUGUUA